AUGCACACAACCAACAACGCCACCCCAACAACUACCACUACCACACCGAUUGCGUUCCAGCAGCUGGCCGAGGCGACGCAAGAGGUGCUGCGAUUGAAGACCAAGAAGCAGGAGGUCGGGCUUACGCCCGAGGAGAGCAACCUGUUCGAUCUUAAUCGCGUACUCCUUCAACUGCACCUGCGUCAGCUCGACGUCCGGCUCGUGCGUAAGCGGAGCCACUCGUCUUCAUCUUCAUCUCCAGGGUCCUCGUCGCCGUCAUCGCCGGCCUCGUCCGACCUGUUCCAGGGAGUGACUACGGGCUACCAGAAGCGGGUAAAGAGGGUGUUUGCCGGCAGGGUUUGUGGUCGCUGCGGCACGGCCUACACGAGCCAGUGGCGAUCGGGACCCCAUGGCCCAUCAACGUUGUGCAAUGCGUGUGGCAUUCGUCAUUUCAGACAACUCAAGCGAGACGCUCGCCGCGGCAAGUGCGCGGCUGUGGCCGCAUCUUCGGACGAUGAGACACUAAUAGACACGCGAUCGCCAGCGGAGUCAGCGAGGAGAGGCAGCAUUCAAUUCGUGCUUAAUUGA